AACCCAGAUUUGAUCAGAGAGUUAAAAGUUGCGCUGAACGCCAGCAGCUCCAAAAGAGGCUCGGGACUUGUUGAGCUUCUCGAGAGAGAAAGAGAGAGAGAGAGAGAGAGAGAGAGAGAGCGAGAGAGAGAGAGAAAGAGAGCGAGAGAGAGCGAGAGAGAGAGAUAGAGAGAGAGAGGGAGAAAGAAAGAAAACAAACAAGACAAACAACAACAACAAGAAAAACACAAGGCAAAGAAACACGCACGACCUGGGACUUAUCUUCUUUGAAUAAUUUUUCCACACAUCUGUAUGUAUAUUUUUUUGUUUCUUUCUCUUUUAAACGCACGCCUGUGACGUUUAGAAGCGGCGCUCUAUUUAUUAUUUACCUCGAAGAAAGUUGGCGAUUUUUUUGUUCCGCCAAUGAGAAAUAAAAGAAAGACGGCAGCUGGGCAAGAGAAACGGACGGAACGCAGAAGCUGAAAAGAAAGAGAGAGAGAGAGAAACAACACAAACUGUUUUCUCCCGUUUGCAGGUGAUCGGAAGCGAUGCGAGAUUUGAAGAAACGUGUGGAUUAAUCAGCGCGAGGAAGCGACCCGGACUGCUGAUUAUUACCGCUGAGACCGACGCCGUGACCGCUCAGACUUUUAGCGCGUGCUGCUGCUCGAGCCCGAGUGUAUGAACGUUUGAGCGAGAGGGCAAACGAAAGACACAGAGAUGGACGUGGGUGCGGAGCAGCCUCGCUGGAUGAGCCACCACCACCCGGUGAUCAACGGGCAGCACCCCGAUUCGCAUCACCCCGGACUGGGACACUCCUACAUGGACCCCGCGCAGUACCCGCUCCCAGAUGACAUGGAUGUAUUGUUUAAUAUCGACGGGCAGGGCAACCACCCGUACUACGGGAACCGGGCCGUACAGAGGUACCCACCUCCGCACAGUAGUCAGGUGUGUCGUCCGUCCUUGCUGCACGGCUCCCUGCCCUGGCUGGACGGCAGCAAAGGCAUCGGCCCACACCACAGCGCCUCUCCGUGGAACCUGGGCCCCUUCCCAAAAACCCCACUACACCACCAUGGUUCCCCAGGGGCCCUGUCCGUCUACCCCCCAGUGUCCUCUUCUUCCUCCUCCUCCUCUUCCUCGCUGUCUGCCGGACACUCCAGCCCACACCUUUUCACCUUCCCUCCAACCCCGCCCAAGGACGUGUCCCCAGACCCGUCUAUUUCCACUCCGGGCUCUGGCUCGGUGCGACCGGAGGACAAAGAGUGUAUUAAGUACCAGCUGCCCGAGAGCAUGAAGCUGGACCCGGCCCAUAGCCGGAGCAUGGCCAGCAUCGGCGCAGGGGCAUCCGCCGCCCACCACCCCAUCGCCACUUACCCUUCUUAUGUGUCCGAUUACGGGCCGGGCCUCUUCCCACCAAGUAGCCUCAUAGAAGGCAGAGAGUGUGUGAACUGCGGGGCCACCUCCACUCCGCUAUGGAGGCGCGACGGGACCGGACAUUACCUCUGCAACGCGUGCGGACUCUACCACAAAAUGAACGGCCAGAACAGACCGCUCAUCAAACCCAAGAGGAGGCUGUCUGCCGCAAGGCGAGCGGGGACUUCGUGUGCUAACUGUCAAACAACCACCACGACGCUGUGGAGGAGAAACGCGAACGGAGAUCCGGUGUGUAACGCCUGCGGUCUCUACUUCAAACUGCACAAUGUCAACCGACCACUCACCAUGAAGAAGGAGGGCAUCCAGACCCGGAACAGGAAGAUGUCCAGCAAGUCCAAGAAGAGCAAAAAGUCGCAGGACAGCAUGGAAGACUUCUCCAAGAGCCUGAUGGAGAAGAGCAGCUCCUUCAGCCCAGCCGCGCUGUCACGUCACAUGACCUCCUUUCCGCCCUUCUCGCACUCCGGCCACAUGCUGACCACGCCCACUCCCAUGCAUCCUUCUUCUAGCUUACCCUUUGCCCCCCACCACCCCUCCAGUAUGGUCACCGCUAUGGGUUAGGCCACUCCUGCUACCUCUGGACCACCCUGACCAUGACCUUUGACCUCAGCACGGUCAGCCUGAACCCCUUGACCUUUGACCCCAGUGACCCUUGAACCUGUUCUCUCUCUCCUCGAACCUGGCCCACAGUCGACUGCUGGAGAUUUUGUCUCAACUGUAAGCCUCGCCCCCUAAAAAACUUUUGUAUUCGCCACACUGUCAGCACCGCUUAAAACAGAGAGAGGGAGGGAGAGAGAGAGAGAGAGAGAUAGAGACUUUCUUCAUCCCCCUUUCAGCGUGAUGACAUCACGAUCCAUCCCAGUGUUCGUGUACAGAUGCCCCUCCUCUUUCAUCAUUGACUCUUUCGAAGGUGAAAGCAUCAUCCAAAAAGUUUGCAAACUUUGAAAAAAAAAAAACUCAUUUCCUCAUUUCUCGCCUAUCCAUCCAUACAUCCAUCCAUCCAUCCAUCCACCACCACCACCCAAACACUGCACCUUCUUCUUCUUCUUUUUUUUUUUUUUUUUUGUUUAUUUUUGGUUUGAGGCAAGAACUCCCUGAGCUGUGAAAGACACGGAGGAGAUGGACUCUGCAUAUAUUUGUAUAAAUUGUAUGAAAUACAGUACAUUUAAUGAAGACUUUUUAAAUGAAUUAUGGUGAAAAAAAGAGAGAGAGAGAGAGAGAGAGAAAGAGAGAGAGAGAGAGAAACUAACCAGGAGGAAAAAAAAAAAAAGGCCCAUGGGCAGCUAACGAUAAGAAGGGUACGACUCAAACCUAGAGGAUGGAACGAAGAAGAAGAAAAAGAAAGAAGGCCGGGAGCGCUCCGCAUGGAGCGAAAGAAGGAGGAAGAGGCAGAAAGAGAGAGAGAGAUAAAGUCAAUGAGCGAGAAUAAAAAAGAGGAAUAGACGAAUGGUGGGGAAUUCAGGAAGGUACAGGCUGGCUUGGUUUGCCUGUUAGAUACAGUGUGUAAUGCAUUAAUGCUAAUGUGGUCAGGUUUGUUCCUCUGACUACCAGCUACUCUUUUUGGAUGUGUUAUAGGUCUUGGGCAAUUGGUUUGUGUUCAAGCUCAUGUACACACACACACACACACACACACAUACAGAAUAUACACAAGCACACACACAUACACACACACACAUGCACGCACACACACACACACACACACACACAAUUACACAUGAACACACACACACACACACAAUUACACAUAAACACACACGGAACACCUUUGUUCACCUGAAAGACUUUUCUUCCGGCCCAGGUUAUAUGCAUUGUGAAAAAAAAGUUCCUGUAUUUGUUAUUUGUAUGUAUAAUUCAGAGUACCAAAAAUACGAAAGAAACAAAGAUGUAGAAUUAUUUCUUUAUGUAAUGCAGACUGAAUGGUUGUACAAAUUUAAUAAUCACUAGUGUAAAAAAACAAAACAAAAAAAAACAACAGACUUGCUUUUUGUUGCGUAAUUUUUUUCUCUCUUUGAAAAUAAUAAACUAGUUUAAUCUCUGUUGACAUCAUA